AUGGAUGAAAAUAAAUACUUCAAAGAAAUAUUUAUAUAUGUAGAUAUAGAAAAAGAAAUAGGAGAAAAGAAAAAACUAUAUGUUGAAUAUAUAAAAAGAUGCUUUAAUUAUUUACUUAGACAAGAAGAUAAUUUCAUUUUAUUAACAUUAAAAAAGAAUGUUUCCUUGUUAUCUUAUUUUUUUUCCUAUUUAUUAAAAUCAGAUCGAAAUUAUGACCAUCCUUUUGAAUUAUUAAAUGAUGAUAAAAAAUAUAAUAGAGAAUUAAAUUUGUGUAUUUUAAAUUUUUAUUUAAAAUUAAUAGAUAUAUAUUUAAAUAAAAAUAAAUGUGAUGUAUUGUUUUUAAAAAAUGUUUUUAUAAAAAUACAUAUCAUAAUGGAUAUUAUUAUGAUAUCUUAUAGUAUAGAUAAAAAAAGUAAUAAAAAAAUUAAAGCAUGUAUAUAUAAUAUUUAUAAUAAAACACAAUUUAAUUGUUUCCAUAUUUAUAAAUAUAUUAAGCAUCUCUAUGAAGAAUUAAAAAAUAUAAAAAAAAAAUUAGAACAUUAUAUAACAUAUAAAAAUAAAAUAACACAUUAUAUCUUUCAAUUAAAUGAAUUACUAUUUAAUAUAUUUUGUUUUUGUAAAUUCUUUAAAAAAUAUAAGUACUUUGAUAUUAAUCAAAAUAAAUUAUCAAACGAAUUAAUUAUUAUAAAAUUAAUGAUAUACAAUGAUAAUAAUAAAAAUAAUAUUCAUGAAUGCACAAAUAUUGGUAGAUCUCAUGACAUGUUGUUAAAAGCAGACACAUCUUUUAUUUAUAUUUUUUUACAAACAUAUAUCGAAAUGAUUAAUCAUGUGUAUGACAGCCAACUGAACGAUGGUCAUAUGAAAGAUAUCCUAUAUCUAAGGUAUCAAUAUAUGAAUAUUUUAAACAUGUUCAUAAAAUAUAAUUUAAAAUAUGGUGAUAUUAAAAACAGUUUAUUUUACUUUUCUCUUAUUAUUGAUAUGUUAAAAGACAAAAGUAAUAAAACAAAUUUACAAUUCAUAAAAAAUGACAUACAUUUAUGUAAUUGGUUGUUUCUAGACAAAUAUAUAUUAGAAGGAAAUGUAAUCGAUUUAGAUUUUUUCUCUUAUAUAAAUAGUUUUAUGAACUUAAAAAACAUAAAACAGGUUGACCAAAUUAUUCAUAAGAAAUAUAAAAAUGAAAUCGAUCAAAUUAAAGAAAUAACAAAUGUGAACAAUAAUAAUUUUAUUUUAAAAAUUUUUAAAAAAAAUAAUUUUAACGUAUCUCAAUCAAUAGAAUAUAUUUUUAUCAACCACCCAAAUCAAGACAACAAACAAAAUAGUGACAACAGUGAUGGUAGUGAUAAUAAUAAUAAUAAUGAUGAUAAUAUAUUUUAUCACGAUAAAAUGAAUACAAUUAUAUUAGGAGAUGAAAAAGACAAUCACAUAGAUAAAGAAAUAGAUGACGAUAUAUCAGAUAUGAAAAAUAAAAAAUUAAAUAACGUGCUGGAAUUAUUAAAAAAACGUAAUAUAAUAAAAAGUACACAAAAAAAGAAAACACAUAAAUAUAAAUAUAUAAAUAAUAAAUUAGAUGAAGAAAAUAAAAAUAAAAUACUUAACAUAAGUGAAUCAUCAAAUAAUGAUCAAGAAUCAUCAGAUAUGUCUUUAGAUCAUUUUCAAAAUGAAAUAAUCAUUUCAAAUAAGUAUAGAAAAAAUGAUAUACAAAAAGAACAAGAGGAACAACCUAUUAACAUAAAAAAGGAAGACAACAAUCAAUUAUAUGAAAAACAACCCUUAUCCUUUAAAAGUAACAGAAAUAAUUUAAACAUAAAAAAUAUAAACGAUGAGCACAAUAAACAAUCAGAUAACAUGAAACGAUAUUAUUUAAAAAAAACGGUUAAUAAAGGGCGAUCUCAUCGAAAUAA